GUGACGUCAUUUCCGUAUUCCGUUCGGAAUACCGAAGUUUUUAACCGUUGAAAGUAGAUUUAGAAAAUUUUCUAUGGAAUGUACAGAUGAAUGCGUUAAUUUCAUGACGUUAUGACAAAAUCUAAAGGAAACAAAAUGGCUCAGUCCAAUAACAACAAUAAUGACCUGAGUCUGUCUGCGUCACCUGAUGGACUACCUGUGCCAGGCCAAGAUAUGCUACCAUCAGGACUCAAACCCAAACUGGAUCUUAUCUUCUCUGAAGUGGAGAAGAAACUACCAGAUAUAGACUUUGACUUGUCAGAUGUUGAUUCUGAUAGCGAGGAACCACUGAUAUUUCACCAACAUUUGAAAUCACUGGAGGAAGAUAAAGAUUUAGACACCAGUCAGGGUAGUGAUACUCUAGCUGAUAUUGCUUCAUUCAAUGAUAAUAAAGCUAAAGUGACAAGCGGAAGCCCUGUGACAUUCUUUGAUAAUGACAUUGCCUAUGAGUUUCAACGUACCGGUAUUAACAUAGCUCCGCCCCCUGUUUCAUCCUGGGCCGACAUUCCAGUGCCAGCAGAAAAAGACAAAAACAAAAAGGAGAAAGAGGUCUCAUCCUGGGGUGAAAUUCCUGUAAAAAAAUCAGUGUCUUGGAAUGAUAUGCCUAAAUCUGACAAUGAUAUGCCUAGAACAGAUAAUGAUAUUUCUAGAGCAGAUAAUGAAAUGCCUAGACUGGAGAGUGACAUUGACAAUAGAUAUGCAACAGAAAUCUAUGGACAGUUAAGUUUGAAUAGUUUAGAUGAUAAAUUGAUUCAGAAGAAACUGCAUAGAGAGGCAACAAGGAAUAAAGAGAAAGACAUAGCCACAAAUCUGUUAUCACCUAGAGCACCAGUUUUAUCCACACAACAAUUAGACAACAUUGAUCUUGAUAGUUUAUUAGAGAGUUUAAACACAGACAAUCAGACGGCACCACCGUUACCACGUCAGGCCUGGUCCGAUCAUUCUAGACCAGAUUCACGCCUCGGAUCAGGUGAAGGGAGGCGAUCAGCUGCAGAAAGCAACUCAGGUAUGACUCUGAUUCAGAAACUGGCUCAGAUGUCAAUGAGCCCAAUAUGGUGAAGAUCUAUCUGACAUAGACCCUACCACUGGUGCUACCAGGAGGAAGGACAAACAUAAUAAUAAUAGGUCCCAGG